UUGGGGCUGCGACUCUGCCAGCACUUGGCCUCGGGGGCGUGCCCGCCGCGUAGAAUGGACAGCAGGGCGCGGAGCUCUUCCAGAGAGACCCACGGGAGAGGUAGCAGGUCCUCUUCUAGGGAUGACAAGAAGUCAAAGGCCGGGAGGGGCAACAGAGGCCGCGCGCGCCCGGAUGCUGGGGCAGAGAGGCAGAGUGCCGGGCGGACCGGGACCCGGGAGGAGCCCCGAGCUCCCGCAGCCACGGUAGUGAAUGUGGACGAGGUUCGAAGCACGGGUGAGGAGGGCACGGAAGUGGUGGCCCUGCUGGAGAGCGAGCGACCAGAGGAAGGGAUCAAGCCCUCUGGAUUAGGAGCCUGCGAAUGGCUUCUUGUCCUCGCCUCCCUGAUCUUCAUCAUCGUAACGUUUCCCUUUUCCAUCUGGUUCUGCAUAAAGGUUGUUCAAGAAUACGAAAGAGUAAUUAUAUUCCGACUGGGACAUCUGCUUCCUGGAAGAGCCAAAGGACCUGGCCUGUUCUUUUUUCUACCCUGCCUGGACACCUACCACAAGGUUGACCUCCGUCUCCAGACCUUGGAAAUACCUUUCCAUGAGGUGGUAACCAAAGAUAUGUUCAUAAUGGAGAUAGACGCUGUCUGCUACUACCGCAUGGAAAAUGCCUCUCUUCUUCUAAGCAGUCUAGCUCAUGUGUCCAAAGCCAUCCAAUUCCUGGUGCAAACCACCAUGAAGCGCCUCUUGGCACAUCGAUCCCUCACUGAAAUUCUCCUGGAAAGGAAGAGCAUUGCCCAAGAUGUAAAGGUUGCCUUGGACUCAGUGACCUGUGUUUGGGGCAUCAAAGUGGAGAGAACUGAAAUUAAGGAUGUACGGCUGCCAGCUGGGCUUCAGCACUCUCUGGCUGUGGAAGCUGAGGCACAAAGACAGGCCAAAGUGCGGGUGAUUGCUGCCGAAGGGGAAAAAGCUGCCUCUGAGUCCCUGAGGAUGGCGGCUGAGAUUCUGUCGGGCACCCCAGCUGCUGUCCAGCUCCGAUACCUGCAGGCUCUUCAGUCCUUGUCUACAGACAAGCCGUCCACCGUGGUUUUGCCUUUACCCUUUGACAUGCUGAACCUUCUCUCCUCUCCCAGCAACAGAGCACAAGGAAGCAUCAACUACCCAAGUUCUCCCAAACCUGUUGAACCACUAAAUCCCAAAAGGAAGGACUCUCCUAUGCUAUAGGGGCGAGUGGACAAGAGUAAUGGGAAUGCACCAUAUAAAGCCGUAUCCCUGAGCGAGGCAUUCGGUCCCCAUGCCCAGGCCCACCCUGCCCUUGUUGUUUGCCUUUUGAGUGUAUCAUGUCACAAGAUGGACACACACAUGAGAACACAGUGAAAUGACAAUGGCAGAGAAGACAUCCAGCCACACAAGUGGAUCGUCUCAUCAUUCAUUACAGGAAAAAAAGAGAUUUAGAAUUUUGGGUUGAUGGGCUGGAGAGUUGGCUCAGUGGUUAAGAGCACUGACUGCUCUUCCAGUGGUCCUGAGUUCAAAUCCCAGCAACCACAUGGUGGCUCACAACCAUCUGUAAUGAGAUCUGAUGCCCUCUUCUGGUGUGUAAGACAGUGACAGUGUACUCAUCAUAUAUAAGAUGAAUAAAUAAAAUCUU